AUCAAUCAUCACAAUAUGGCUCUGGUUCUUUUACUUCUCUAUGUGAUAGGGUUGGCAAUGGUUCCUCCCUCCUAUACCCAGAACUCACAACAAGACUACCUCAAUGCGCACAAUGCGGCUCACACACAAGUCGGAGUGGCAAACAUCAUGUGGGACAGCACUGUUGCUGCCUACGCUCUGAACUACACCAAGUCAAGGAUCGGGGAUUGCAAUCUCGUCCACUCAGGAGGGCCUUACGGCGAAAAUUUAGCCAAAGGCAGCGGCUCAUUCACGGCCACUGCUGCGGUUAAUUUGUGGGUGGCGGAAAAGCCUUACUACAACUACACUUCCAAUGCUUGCACCGGCGGAAAGCAGUGCCUGCACUAUACUCAAGUUGUGUGGGCAGAGUCUGUUAGGUUGGGGUGCGCUAGGCUUCAAUGUAGCAAUUUGUGGUGGUUUGUUACAUGCAGCUAUGAUCCACCAGGCAACUACAUCGGGGAGCAUCCAUAUUAG